ACCACAAUGUCCUCAGCCCCCACCAACUCCUCAUCCACCCCCACCCCUGGCGCGGCGCUGGGACUGACCCUUCUGGGGCUGGCAAUGGCCGUGGGGCUGCCAGGUAAUGCCCUGGUGCUCUGGAGCUGUGCCCUCACCCGCCGACGCAGCCUCCCCGUCCUCCUCGUCUUCCACUUGGCCGUGGCCGAUGUCAUCACCCUCCUGACCGCCCCCGUCUUCCUCCGGGCCUUGAGCGUCGGCCGCUGGGACCUGGGCUCGGCCACCUGCCGCGGGUGUCACUACCUCUGCGCCGCCGCCAUGUACGUCAGCGUCUUCCUCAUCGCCCUGCUGGGUCUCCACCGCUGCCUGCUGGUCUCCCGGCCGGUGCUGGCAGCAGCCACAGCGGGGGACAGCGCGGGGCGCGCGGCUCAUGGGGCCGCAGCGGUGACGUGGGUGGUGGCUCUGACCUUGGCCGCCCCGUCCAUUGCCUUCUGGCAGGUGGCAGAGGGGCACUGCCGGCGGGUGCACCGCAGCCCUCCUUGGCAGGUUGCCCACAACCUGCUGGAGACCAUCCUGGGCUGGGCUCUGCCCUUGACCACCGUGGCCGUCGGCUACGGGCUCCUGCUCCACCGGCUCCGCCGGACCCGCCUGGCCAGGCGUGGCCGGACCUUCCGGCUGGUGGCUGCUGUGGUGGUGGCCUUUGCAGUAGCCUGGGGGCCAUACCACCUGGCCAGCUUGUUGGAGGUGGCAGCGGUCCUGCGAGGGGGUGGGGGGCCCUUGGAGGCAGCUGCCAAAGCCACCCGGCCGCCAGCCACCGCCUUGGCCUUCCUGAGCAGCGCGGUGAACCCCCUGCUCUACGCCUGCGCGGGGCGGCGGCUGCGGGGCCACCUGGCGGGGUCCCUCCUUCCCCGGCUGCUGGAGGGCUCGGCCGCCGGGGGGGCAUCCCGAAGGACCACCACUCAGCAGGGGAGGGGCGGGAGAGAGGAUGGGGAGACAGCAGGAGGGGAGGCGGAGGGAGAGGAGGGGAGGAAGUGA